GCGCUCGUCGCGCGUGUCGACGCUAGCGUCGCGGCUGGCCGUCCGCGUACUCCGGUCGUGUGUAAUUUCGUGUCCUCCGUGUUAACGGCUGGUCCGCCCGUAUUUUAACGAAAUUUUUUAAUUUUUUCGCGCCUCCGCGCGGUGACCUUCGUUUCUAAGGAAGGCUACGCGAUAUCACGUCGACGUCGAGGACGUAACGGCUGAUAAUGUCCGGCAUAUUUGCUGACAGCAUUGGAAAAAUAAGGAAAGCUAUUGGAAGAGGUGUUUUCUAGAGGCACAACAUACACGAGGUAGAGAGAAAGGAAGGAUAAAAAGAGAUAGAUACAUAUAUAUAUACAUACAUACAUCAUACAUCAUACAUACAUGUAUACAUACAUAUAUAGAUAGAUAGAUAGAAAGAUCAGUGUAAAUUAGUAUACGUCGAGUAAGGUGACCAUCUCGACGACGACGACGAAGACGACGGGAACGAUAACACAAGAGAACGACAACGACAAUAACAACGACUAAAGAGAGGAAGACGUGGACAAUUAGAAAAAGGAAAAGGAAGACAACGACAUCAUUCACGACGGCGACGGCGACGCAGACGAAGACGAAGACGGUAAGGACGAGGACGGCGGCGACGGUGACGGUGACGGUGUCGGCACGCAGUACGCACGCACGCGUAGAGGAAGGGCAUCGAAUAAGGGGAGGAGGAGGAGGAAAAGGAAGAGAAGAGGGAGACGGUGACACGGGGGGAGGAAUAAAAGGAGGAGGUCGUGAAGAAGAAGAAGGUGGAGGAGGAGAAGGAGGGGGAGGGGGAGGAAGAGAUUAAGCAGCGGUCGGUGGAGGAUCGGUUGGAAGAUCGGUCGGCGGUCGUCGUCGGGAGAGUGUGUAAUAGUAAGAUCGUAGUUACGGAAAGAAGAAUGCCGUGAAAUUGCGACGAUGACCGGUGAAAGAACGCACGUUGCGUUCAUGGAAAAUCAUCACUUUCGUUGUCGUCGUCGUCGUCGUCGCGAUAUUUUUCGUUUCGACGUGAUCUUUUGAUAAAAGAAUAAUAUACAGAGAGAGAGAAAGAGAGAAAGAGGGAGAUAAAAAGAAAGAAAGAUAAAGAAACAAUAGAAAAAAAAACAAGAAAAAGGAUGGACGAGAUACGAGGUUCGCCAGCACGUCGUCUUUCUCAGAUUCUCGAUCCGAUCGCACGUUUGGCGACGGAUUUUGGUUCGAGCUCUUCGGCACCUUGCAGUCCAAGACUCGGUGCACGAACACACGAGUCAACGAGUUCCGUAGCACACCACCAUCACCAUCACCACCAUCAGCAGCAGCAACAGCAACAACAGCAGCAGCAACAGCCGAGUACACCCGAGGGUAUCCGAAGGCAACAACAACAACAACAACAACAACAGUCGUCGUCAGUUGGUGUUUCCGAUUCGAGCCGAGUUUUGUCGAGUGGUCCUGACAGUCCUAGAUUAUGGCCUCGUCAAUUUCGUCAAGCACCCACGCCACCACCUAGACCUCGUAAUCAGAGCACCUCACCUCUGAACAACAAUAACAAUAACAACAAUAGUGGUACUAUUACUGCUGGUGCUGCUGUUGGUGCUGGUGCUACUGUUGCUGGUGCUGCUGUUGGGGGAAGUAACAUUGGUUCUUCUAUCGUACAUUCAAGAGAUUCGCCUUACGUAAACGUACCCAAUUUACUAUUUCAAAAGGAUAAAACUUACAAGGAUGCAGCUAGGAGCGCAGGUUACGUAGAAUUGCGCGAUCCAAAGAGCAACAAGUGUAGUCCUUACGAUUUCACAUCGGAAUCAAGCGGUCACGUUGAAUAUACCGAUAAAAGAACGUACGCCGCCCAAACGGAUUUCUCAUCUCAAACUAGUGCAACCACUACCACCACUACCACCUCUUACGAACCCAAGGAUUUGUCGGCCCUUGCCCGAGGUAGACCAACCUUUGAUCCUGGAUCCUCUACCAGGGCUCACUUCGAUAGAGCUUUUUCCUUCUCCGGUAGACAACCGGUGGAUCAUCAACAACAACAACAACAACAACAACAACAACAACAACAACAACAACAGCAGCAGUCUACGGGUAGAACGUUCGUCGAGAACAGAUUGUUUCUCGAUCAGAGGACCGCGGCAGAUGUAAAGAAGGAAAAACUUGAAACUAGACCCACGUAUGGAUCCUCCAAAAGUUUUGACGGUUAUUCGAGCGCCGUUGAAGAACUCAAUUGGCAAGAGAGAUGUCUCGAAUUGCAAUUGGAACUACAUCGUAGCAGAAAUCAAACGAUCAAAGUACGAGAUAUGCUUCGAGAAAAGCUCUCGGAGCUCGAGCAGCGUGUCUUGGAGGCCGAGGGCAGAGCCGAUGAAGCGGAGGAUAAGGUACGGAUGAUGGAGGAGCGGCUGGUGAAGGGUGAAUACUGCCUGAGCACAUCCGGCGUUGGUUCUCCGCCUCAUUCGUUGCCGUCAACUUCCGGCACACAGAAUGAAAAGCUCGAGGACGUUAGAUGUGCUUGCAUCUCGAAAUUAGAGACCCAGGUCGAGGAACAGAGACAAUUAAGACUGCAAGAUGCGAGACAAGUUGAGGCGAAAGCCGCUAGAAUAAAGGAAUGGGUUACCAAUAAGCUACGGGAACUCGAACAACAGAAUCAACAUUUGAGGGAGCAGAAUAACAAGUGCAAUCAACAAUUGGAAUUAUUGCGUAAUCACAUAACAAAUAUCGGUUUGAAACCACCUGCACCAACGAGGGCAUCCCUUUCAUUGGAAGUAGAUCCAACGUUGCGUAGACGAUCGGAAAGCUUAGAAGGGACACCACAGACCGUACCGGAAAACGUUCAAAGUUCCGUAGCCGAACCACAGACCGGUAGCAAGCACAGAAGACAUCUUUCCGCGUGUGGAACCAUUCAACGUGGAAUACCAACCACCAACAUGGAUUCGAGCUUACUCUCCGAGGAGUUAGCGGCAGCCGUGGAAAAUUUGGUGAUGCUGCCCAAUAUACCAGGUGUUUCCGAGACUAGUGGUAGAGACAGUGGUAGCUCUGAGGCUGUGCACGAUUACGCGGAGAUUUAUACGCCAAGUAGAGAAGGAAUGAAUUGGGGACAGAACAGUGGACAAGGUCCCAGACCACCUACACCGCCUCUUCAUAGAUUUCCCAGUUGGGAAGCAAAGAUAUAUCAGGUGGCAGACGGUGGUCUUGGCAUCGGUCCACCAACGAAUGAAGAAUCGGCACCAUCUUCGAUGACUAACACAACCAGUUCAUCGAAACAUUCUCAAGCUACUACUGGACAUAAUUUAACGGCACAUAAUUCUCAAGGCUAUUGCGAUAUAUCGGUUCCAGUAUAUGCUACUGUUAAAGGACGUGCCAGCCAAAUCAGAUCAAUGCCGUUUGGUGACAGUUCCGAUGACAGUUCGGACGGUGAAGAACAUCCGAAUCAAACGGAAACCAAUACUAGAAUUACCAAUAGUUCUUCAGAUAAUACAGAUUCUUCUCUCGGUAGUGGGAGUAGUCCAUCGAAAAGCGUGAAAACGACUAGCAGUUUAAGUCCAGCGAAAAGAAGCUCCAGUGGUUCUCCCAGUAAAAGCGUAAAACGUGAUACCUCACUUGAAUCUGGCUUGUCAGAAGAUUAUGCCAUACCACCUGACGCAUUGAGCUCGACGUCUCUCGAGUCAAGCAUGCCUAGUCUUUUGAUGCGAGUUUCCGGUGAAAGUCCUAAGAAACAGGAAUCUUUAGAAAAGACUGGACACUUGGCUAAACUUGGUGGAAAGUUGAAAACUUGGCGUAAGAGAUGGUUCGUUUUAAAGAACGGAGUGCUCACUUAUUGGAAAAGUCAGAAUGACGUCAAUAGAAAACCUCAGGGUCAAAUUGUGUUGGAUGAAGUUUGCAGGAUAAAUAGGGCGGAAGGUGCUGCUACUUUCGAAAUUUCUACCGGCAAGAAGACCUAUUAUCUAACUGCGGAUUGCAUUGCGACGAUGGAAGAUUGGAUUAGAGUUCUACAGAAUGUACAAAGGCGGAACGCAACUAAAUUACUUCUCAGUAAGGAAGACAACAAACCUACGAUACAGGGCUGGUUGACUAAAGUCAAAAAUGGCCACGCCAAGAAGUGCUGGUGCGUUCUCAUUGGAAAAAUGUUCCUGUAUUUUAAGUGCCCAAACGAUACGAAUCCUAUCGGUCAGAUAAAUAUGAGAGACGCCAGAGUGGAGGAAGUGGAGCACGUGUCAGACAGCGAUAGCGAGGAAAGAGACGCCGAGUGUCCUCACGAAAGAACGAUUGGAAUCUUUCCAACGCAUCAAGGUCCUACGUAUUUGUUAAUGCCUCACAAACAGGAUAAAGACAAUUGGUUAUACCACUUGACGGUUGUCUCGGGUGGUGGACCAAGCGCGGGAACUCAAUACGAACAGUUGGUGCAAAGGUUAAUGGAAACUGAUGGUGAUCCUAGCUGUGUACUCUGGAGACAUCCUCUUUUACUUCAUACGAAGGAAAAUAUUACCAGUCCGUUAACUAGUUUGACAUCCGAAGCCUUGCAAACAGAAGCUAUUAAACUUUUCAAGGCUUGUCAGCUGUUUAUGUCGGUUGCGGUAGAACAAGCAGGCAUUGAUUACCACGUGGUCCUGGCACAAAAUGCGUUACAGCAAUGCCUAGAUCAGCCUGAACUUCAAUCGGAAUUUAUAUGCGCAUUGGUAAAGCAGACAAGUCGUCACACACAACACCGUUUGGGCGUACAGGUAAAAAAGGCCGCCAGACUUGUGUCGCUGGGUACUGCGCGCGUUCAGCUCCUCCUCUGCGCCACGCAAUCGCUCUUCACCUGCGAUACGCAAAGUCCCGCGGCAAAUGGCAGCGGUGAAAAUGCGGACGCACAAUCGACGGCCUCGUCUUCUCACAGUCCUCCGCUCACGCAGGGCCACUCUACAUCGACUAUCUUGGAUUGCAAAACUAAUCCUGCCCAGUACGUUCUUAUCCAAGGAUGGCAGCUACUUGCACUGGCAGUCUCGCUAUUUCUGCCAAGGAACAAUCGGCUUUUGUGGUAUUUGAAGUUGCACUUGCAAAGGAAUGCUGACAGCAAAACGGAAUGUGGUAAAUACGCAGCCUACUGCGAGAGAGCUUUGGAAAGAACACUGCAGAACGGUGGAAGGGAAGUUAAACCAUCACGUAUGGAAGUACUUUCUAUAUUGAUGAAAAAUCCAUACCAUCAUUCCUUGCCACAUGCUAUACCUGUACACUUCUUAAAUGGCACUUAUCAAGUAGUCAGUUUCGAUGGUAGCACUACGAUAGAGGAAUUUAUAAAUACGUUAAAUCAAGAGAUUGGUUGUCGGGACGUACAUCAGUCGGGUUUUACAUUAUUCAGUGAUGAUCCUAUAGAAAAAGAUCUCGAACAUUUUAUCGAUCUUCAAGCGAAGCUUUGUGAUAUUAUUUCGAAAUGGGAGACAGCUUUGCGCGAAAAAAGAUCGGGUAAAUUUGAAAAUACUAGAGUUAUACAAUUGACGUACAAAUCGCGAUGUUAUUGGAGGCAAGCAGCUAAAAUGGAAACCGACAGGGAAAGAUUAUUACUGUGUUAUCAAGUAAAUCAACAAGUAGUACAAGGAAAAUUUCCUUUGAACCGUGAUCUUGCUUUUGAGCUUGCAUCAUUGAUGGCACAGAUCGAUUUUGGGGAAUACAAUAACGACAAAGCACGUGGAAGCGGUCCUGGAAGUAAUCCGCAUCAUUUAGUUUAUCAAGCAUUAGAUAAAUUUUUUCCAAUACGCUAUCGGAUCAACAUCACUGGUGAUCAAUUGAGAGAAUUACAGGAGAAACUUCAAGAAAAAUGGAUCGCUUUACGAGGACGCAGUGUAUUAGAUUGUGUUCGUAUAUAUUUAACGUGUACCAGAAAGUGGCCUUUUUUCGGAGCUACACUUUAUCAAGCUAAAUUGAAACAAAAUGAUCCGGUAACCGUUUGGAUAGCAGUUAACGAAGAUAGCGUAACGUUACUCGAAUUACAAACAAUGGCAGUAAUGUGCCGUUAUAAUUACGCAAAUAUAGUCACUUUUGGAGGCUGUUUAGAUGAUUUCAUGCUGGUUGCUUGCCCAGACGAGGGUGCCGCGGAACAAAAACUUCUUUUCGCUCUUUCCAAACCGAAGAUAUUAGAGAUAACGCUAUUAAUAGCUGAUUACAUGAAUGCACUUGGACACGCUUUACCUGGCACCCCUCAAAUGAAUACUUUAACACGCAAUGGUUCACACAGAUCUAUAAAAUCGACUCUUAGACCUGCUACUGGUUCAAGUUGUCUUCCAACACAGCCGGAUAUUUUGAAAUCAACUCCAGAUCACCAAAGACCUUAAAAAGACUGGUUGGAUUAUAUUUGAGAAUGAUGUGAAAGAAUGUGUUUACUGACUUAUCAAAGUUUGACCGAUUGACCGAUUGUCAAGGCACUAACUUUAUAUACAAAGGUAUAAUCUAUUGUAUUAUAAGGAUAAAAAAAAAGAAGAAAAUAGCAGACAAACUAUUUGUGCGAAUGGUAUAUCAGAUAGCACUAGAACGAGAGAGAGAGAGAGAGAGAAAGAGAGAAAGAGAGAGAGAAAGAGAGAGAGCAGUGAGUGCAGCAGUUAUUUUGGUUGUGUUUUGUGUAAAUUAGAAUGGAAGCUUGUAGAUGACUUUUGUGUAAAUAUUUAACGGCGCAUAUAGCACAGAGAGACCAUAUACCAUGUGUAUAUAUGGUGCAACAGAAUGACUGAAAAUUACUCGAAUCGAUUUGUAACACUGCCUAAUUAGUAUGUCUAAUUACAUCGAAUAAUUUCAUGUUAAAAAGCUGAGCAUCGUGCGGAAACGUUUUGCUACCGUAUUUAUAUACCAAAUACGAAUCUCUAGUAUAAAAUACUAAAUUUAUGUGAUGUAUCACGUACUAUGUACAUAUAUAUUAAUCAGAAUUACUGAAUGUGUUUAGAAAUUUAGUAUUAAAACAAAAUAAUAAUAACUAUAAGAAGAAGAAAAAAGAAAUACGCAGAUAAAGAAAAAGUAAUAUGCGAUAACUACUACUCUCUGAUAGGAGAGAGAGAGAGAGAGAGAGCAUGUCGAAUAAAAAUAAAAAUUAAUAAUAAAUAAAAAAAAAAAGACAAGAAAAUGUACUUCUUGCCAAACAAAGUGCGGUAAUAAUACAACAGCUUUUGUACAACUCGUAUGUGAAAAAUCAAUUUAACAAAAACGGUGUGAAUUGAACUGAAUUCCUAUACUGUCAGAGCACAGAAAAAAAAAAAGAUGUUUUUUGAGAUGCUAUUGAUUUGGAGACAUUUUGACAAUUUUUCUUCCGCGUAUCGUAUUAUCUGUUAAAAAAUGAUUAUGAAUACCGAACGACGACGAGGAUAAGGAAUAUAAAGAGAAGCUAUUGUUUUUUCAAUCACUUCGACGACGGACCUCGGAAAAGAUUUUUUCUAUAUACCGAAAGUAAUGUGACAAAACUUCUUAUAUAUUGUAUUAUUAUAUAAUUCUGAUAAAAUAGCUAGUCUCAUAUAGUUUAUAUUUAUUUAAUAUGUAAACGAAUAUCUUUUUGUUUAUAUAAAGACACGACCAAAUAGAUGUAAAGGGGAACAUAUUUUAUUUAACAUUUUUAGCAUCGUUCCUGCAUAGUAAAAGAAAACACAAACGCAAAAGAAAUACACAUUAUUCGAAUUUUAAUUUAAUAUUCUCUCUUAUAGAAGUUUUGUACCCGGCUUGAACGUGUGUCCUACGUAACUAGUUAAUGUCUUCCUUCUCAUUAGUAAAACACAAGCGAAUAUAUAAAGUUGAAGUAGGGCUUGAUCGUACAAUACGUACAAAACUUCUAUAAUUUGAUAUUAUUAUUUGAGAUAGGCUGAGUAUGAUCGUGCCUCAUCCCUUUGAGCAGAAUAGACGAAUAAAUAAUAUCUAUGCACAGCUUCGUUUGGCGCAUUAAAGAUUUAUAUAAAUUAUUCGAGAUCCUCAGAAAAAAUACUGGAAACAGUACAAAGAUAUGCAAGAACGACACUUUGUCCUUAAUUUUUAUAAUACGCAAACUAAAUACUAUUAUGUAGGUGCUUAGCACCUUUGUAUCAUGAUGCAGUGAAAUCAUUCAUUCUGUAAAUAUCAUAUAUUAGGCUUAAGUUUUUAAAUGUAGUAGAGUCAAUAUGGAGAAGAAGAAGACAGCCAUUAAAUAACAAUCGUCAUGAAAAAAUUAUUCAACCUGUAUGUCGUAGAUGGCUGUCUAUAGUAUUCUACUAAGCCUACCAUCUUACAUUUCUAUUUAUUAUUUAUUCGCAUAAAGUGGCGCAUAAAGGCAUGAUGAGCGGUGACAAGCAGGAAAUAUUGUACUAUUGUACAGAAAAGCAAAAUAAACUGCUUGAAUCUGCG